UGUCAGUGAAUCUCAGUUGUGGAUAAAUAAUUUUAUCCGGUCGUGUUUGUUUUUGCCUUAUCUCCGUUGUUUAUGAUAGGAGUUCCGAAUAUAGAGCAGUAACUACCAAAUUUAAACGAGCGAACCAAUUUUUUGGGUUCCAAGAAUUGCGGAUUUAAAAAAUACAUAACCCUUACAUUCCCAGAAGCAUAUUUUUCAUUUAUUACUCUGCAGUUGGUGCUAUUUAAACAGAGACCUUAAUUAUUUCGACUUAAGGAUAUGAUCGGACUCUAUCGGUGAUUUUCGGUCAGCCUUCGACUUCGACGGCACAACGGUUCUGUCAGUCCCUCGUGUUAAAAAUACUCCAGAAAAAAGAGAAAAUUUUAUAUGGUGGUGUGGUCUUUUUCAAAUUAACCCCGUCACCAAAAUGUCGGGUGACGUCCAGCCGAGGAAAAGAAAAGACAAAAAGAGAAGAAAAGACGAAGGAGAACAGAUACCCAUCCAAACCCAUGCUCCCUUACACACGAAUUCGUCGAACGACGAUGUUAACAUCCACGUGCACAAAGAAAGUGGCACAGGGGGUGGAAUUUGUGCCAAACUAGUAUUUUUUGUGCUGCUAUCAGCACUUGCUGUAGUCAUUGGUAUGAUUAUUACACAAUAUCGAGGACUCACAGACGUUGAAACCGUAGACACAGAAUCAAGGUUUUCACAAAUAUUUGAAGGUUGGAUAGAUUCUAGCCCUGAUCAUCACGAUGAUCAUGAUAUAGAAGAGGCCUUAGAUCAAGAACUAGAUCACGACGAAGAGAACGAUGAACACAAUGCUUCAGAGGACGACGAUGAAGAAGAUGAAGAACAUGAACCAAGCGAGGAGGAAGAUGACGAAGAAAGCAAUGAAGAUACUGAAGUAUCUGAGGAAAUGAAUGAAGUCGAUGAAGAUGACGAUGACAACCUCGAUGAAGAUGAGGAAGAAGCUGUGGAAGAAUCAGAAGAAAAUCAGUUAGACGAUGACGAAGAAGAUGAAGAUGUACAAGCAUCUGAAGAAGAAGGAGAUAAAUCAGAGGAAAAAGAUGACGAUGAAGAUGAAGAAGACGAAGACGACGAUGAACAGGAUCAUGAUGAAGACGAACAAGAAUUAGAAAAUAUUGAAAGUGAUGAGGAUAAAGAUGAGGAUAAUGUUGAUGAAGUAUCUACCGAGAGAAAGUCCGGAGAAGACAAUGAAGACCAACAGGCUGAUGAUGAUGAAGAUGAGGAUGAUGCAAAAACUCAAAAAACACCUGAUACAGCUAAAAGGGUCAGUACAGACAUUGCAGACGAUGACACACCAAGCAAGGAAAAACAACAAGAAAGUUCAGGCAUGGCAGUCAAACUCGGUGUUGGCGUAGCCCUAUUGGUGGUAGCACACCUUGUUUUGGUUAGAAAAUGGAGGACUGCUCCAGAUGAUAAACCAAAACCUCCCAAGGAAGAGCCCACUGAACCAGCUCCAAAUCUGAAUCGAAGAAAUACCAUUGUUAUGCCUCCAACUUUCCAAGAAGUGGAACCAGAUAUGGAACCAGAAGAAGAAGAUUAUUCGGAAGAAGAAGAACUAAGCGAAGAGGAAGUCCAUGAAAUCAAAUCGGCUAAGGCAAGAUACCAAGAACUUAGAUCGACAUACACACGUUCCCUAACCCCUGAGGGUGAAAUUGACUAUCACAAGCCGCCAGAAACUUACGAUGACGAAUACGAGGAAAAUGUGGACGAUGAAGAAGACGAGGAAGUUAGUGAAGAAGAGGAAGACGACGAUAAACAGGAGGGCGAAUCCGAAGAGGAAGAGGACGACUACGAUGAAGAUGAAGACGAGGAAUUGCUCAAACGACUAGAAGCCAAGUACGGAAAAUUACGGCAAGGUACUGCCGAAAGACAAGCAGAUGUUGAAAAUUCAGAUUCCGAAAAAUCUGAUGACGGCACUGGAUAUCAAUUUUCAAAUAUAACAAAUAAAGAUGAUUACAAAAUUAAGAGCAAGAUAGAUGAGGCUCAAAAAUCAGUACAAGAUAAUUCAGCUUACGCUAUUGAGCUUUUCGAUAAAAUCCUGCAAAAAUACCCCUCCUCCCCUAGAAGCAUUUACGGAAAAGCAUUAUCUCUGGACUAUUUGGCUGACCAAAGAAGAAGCAAUGAUAUUUUACAGCAAGCGCUAAAGUUUUAUAUGCAACUUCUUAAUACGGAACACGUGCCAAAGGCAUUAUUUGAGGUGGCAGCUGAACGUUGCAUCAACCGGAUGAGAUUUGUAGGACAAUACAGAAAUGCUAUUAACGUGCACAAACUACUCGUACAUAAAUUUCCUGAUAACCCCAAGCACUCUAAUAAUCUGGCUGUUACUUAUUUAACAAUUAACAGAGUGGAAGAAGCAAGAUCUGUUCUUAAAAAAAUUCUUGAAAAAUGGCCCAAUGACGGAUUAGCAUUAGUACACUACGGUUUUAUAUUAAAAACUGUGGAUAAUAAAUUAGAAGGAGCUGUAGACUAUUUAAGAAGAGGCCUUGAAACUAGAGCCGAGGGCGUUAUAGAUGGCAGGUUUUACUUUCAUUUAGGGGAUGCCCUAGCUCGUUUAGGGCAGCACGAAGAAGCUAUGAAGGUGUAUGAAGAAGGCGUUGAAAACAACGUUUUCCUGUCAAAAUACCAAAGAUCUCUAUACAACGUGCCAAGACUGACCGGUAAGCCAUGGUGGGACCUAACCGACUUGCCAUACCUAGACUUAUACCGUCUUCUAAAACAAAACUGGCAAAAAAUCCGCGACGAAGGCUUAGCUGUCUUAAACGAAAAAGGUUACUUCCAAGACGAAUCGGAAAACCUUAAGGAUACGGGAGACUGGAAACAAUUUGAGUUGUUCGCCAGGGGUCAGAAGAACUUGAAAAACUGCAUGGUAUGCCCUUUCACGUGUAGCAUCAUCGAGCGUGUACCGGAAGCUAGGAGUUGUAAAAGAGGGCAAACAAAAUUCAGCGUGAUGCAUCCUGGAACACACGUUUGGCCUCACUGCGGACCAACUAAUUGCAGGCUAAGGGCGCAUUUGGGGCUUAAAGUGCCUCCAAAGACUUUCAUAAGGGUUGCCGAUGACACAAGGAGUUGGGAAGAAGGAGGAAUAUUCGUAUUCGACGAUAGCUUCGAACAUGAGGUUUGGCACAACGGAACGGAGUUCAGAUUAGUUUUAAUUGUUGACGUUUGGCACCCUGAGCUAACAACGGCCGAGAGAAGGAAUCUCUCGCCCAUUUAAAACAUAAGAAAAUAUGACUGUUUUUGAUUUUCUCUUAAAAAAAAUGUUUAAAAGUGUAAAUAAAACAUAAAAAGCAAUAAAAAACUAUACUGUA